CAUCUUCGCUCUGACCCAAGGCCCAAACGUGCAGGGCAUUCUAGACGACGACUAGGGAGUUCCUCUCGGUCCGUCCCUAGCCGACUCGUGUCUUCCACCUCAUUCUCGAUCCUCCCGAGCUCGCCACGUGUCGAACUGUCUCCCGCCCACCUCGUCCUCCUGCUCCGGCAACUCUCUCGACGCUCCCAAACGCGAGCAACCUGCUAUAAGAACCACCGCCGUAUAGCCGCCAUGACCAAACAAAAGGGAAGGAAAGCAAGUGUGCACGAGCACGAUGACCACAGCACGAGCACUCCGUCUCUUCGCCUCAAGCAAGCCAGCGACCCGGCGCAGCCUGCUGGGCGCGCACCGUCGCGCGCUGUCCACGUGGACCACGUCGUCGCAAGCCAGCGGCGCGGGCGAUCCCGCCGUCCACUCCGGCGAACCGCUGGGCGACGACUACGCCGAGAGGCCCCCGAAGUUCUCCGGCGCGGAGGAAGCCACCGAGGGCAGAGGCCACGACAAGCACCCGUCGCCACGGCCGACGGAGGCGUCCGCCAAGGAGCGUCGCGUCCCGCCGUUCACUCCCUCGGGGAAGCUCGGGUCGCAGGAGCUGGCCGACCCGGCGGCCGGCUCGACGUACACGCAGAAACGCCGGUGGUCCUCCGCGCCUGCGGGCAGCGACCCGCUCGGCGACGCGACGCCCGGGGACGAGGAGGCGGCGGCAAGGAAGGUGAGGGAGGAGGACCGGGAGUACUACCGGACGCACAAGCCGUCGCCGCUGGCCGAGGUGGAGUUCGCGGACACGAGGAAGCCGGUCACGCGCGCCACGGACGGCGGCGCCGAGGACCGGCUCGAGCAUGACGUGCCGGGGAGCAUGGUGGAGGACACCGCGGAUGCGUCGCUGGCCCGCGCCGAGGCCAUGUUCCGCGAGGCCGCGUCCCGCGGGAACCCCGCGUGGCCGCACUCCCGAGCGCUCGCCGCCAUGCUGGCCCGGCAAGCCGGGGAGGGGGCCGGUGGCGCCGCGCCCUGGGGAAGCUAAGCUGAUUCAUGUCGGGCUCUCGCGCGUUACCGACGCUCAUGUCAGGAUAGGAGUGGAGUGUGAAAAUAGGUCGCCGCGUUGGUGUAAAAUAUAGAGGACUGAUAGAUGCAGUGCCACUGAAUAAAGUGUACUAGCGCAAUGUAAAUAUAUGUAUGUAUGGCU